GCUCGCGCUCCGCCAGCUUGAGGGGAGGCGGCCGGCGCAGCGGCGGCAGAUCGUGGGCCCGCGGCCUCGCCAUGGCGGUCUAUGCGCAGUCCGGGACCUGCCCGACCCCAAUGGCGAUUCCUCCAUCAUAUGCUGACCUUGGCAAAGCUGCCAGAGAUAUCUUCAACAAAGGAUUUGGUUUUGGGCUGGUAAAACUUGAUGUUAAAACAAAGUCUGCCAGUGGAGUGGAGUUCACAACAUCUGGUUCAUCAAAUACAGAUACUGGUAAAGUUAAUGGGACCUUGGAGACCAAAUACAAGUGGUGUGAGUAUGGUCUGACUUUCACCGAAAAGUGGAAUACUGAUAACACCCUAGGAACUGAAAUCGCAAUUGAAGAUCAGAUUUGCAAAGGUUUGAAGCUGACAUUUGACACCACCUUUUCGCCAAACACAGGAAAGAAAAGUGGCAAAAUCAAGUCUGCUUACAAGCGGGAAUGUGUAAACAUUGGUUGUGAUGUUGACUUUGAUUUUGCUGGCCCUGCUAUCCACGGAUCAGCCGUUUUCGGUUAUGAGGGCUGGCUUGCCGGUUACCAGAUGACCUUUGAUAGUGCCAAAUCAAAGCUGACAAGGAAUAACUUCGCAGUGGGUUACAAGACUGGAGAUUUCCAGCUGCACACUAACGUCAAUGAUGGGACAGAAUUCGGAGGUUCAAUUUAUCAAAAAGUAUGUGAGGAUCUUGACACUUCUGUAAAUCUAGCCUGGACAUCAGGCACCAACAGUACUCGAUUUGGGAUUGCGGCAAAAUACCAAUUGGAUCCUACUGCUUCCAUUUCUGCAAAAGUCAACAAUUCUAGCUUAAUUGGAGUGGGAUACACCCAGACUCUGAGGCCUGGAGUGAAGCUUACGCUCUCCGCCCUGGUAGAUGGAAAGAGCAUCAAUGCUGGAGGCCACAAACUUGGUCUUGCCCUGGAGCUGGAGGCUUAAAAUGUCAGCCAAGCUCUAGGGAAGGGAUAUCAGAAGAAUUUGGCCUUAAAUGGUGUUUUCAAUGUGACCAGCAGGUUUUUUCUUUUCAAAGAGGGAUGAUCUAAACAAGAGCUGUAUUUCACGUAUUUAGACAGUUACUUGUUAGCUGGUUUCUAGUUCAAUUGGUUAUCUAGUUCCCAAUGCUGCAGUAGUGCAGUCACUUAUACAUUAUUUAAAUGUAUUUAACUGUUAAUGCGCUACCCACCAAUAAUGAAAUAGACCUUUAUGAAAACUGUGCAAUUGUGUGCAUGUUUGUUUUUAUGUUCCUUUAAACAUUUGAUAUUGCCAUUGAAUGAGACCGAGCCGUGGAUGUUUCGAGAUGAGGGACAACAACUUUGUUAACUCACCAUCAUUAGAAAUUCUUUUGGUAUCCCAGCACAGUACAAAUUAUGAAUAAAACAAAUAUAUUAUA